UGUAGGGACUGAGAACCAGUCUACUCAGCUCACGGAGGUCGCCAUGUUUAUUAGGUAUCAACGUAAUUGAAUGAAAUUCCUUACUGUCUCCGCCAAUCUCCGGAGAAAUCUACCGUUUCCAAGUAAUCAAGUGUUCUAAUAUUUUACCCCUCUGAAGUAUAAGAAACAAAGAUCCAUACAGAUGCACCAUGCUUAAGCUAUUUUCCUUGAAACAAGAGAAAAAAGACGGAGAAGCAGCCGGAAAGAAUGCGGGUGUCAAUCAAAAAAGAGCUUCAGCAGCACAGUUAAGAUUCACGAAAGAUAUCAACGAUCUCAAUCUUCCCAAAACCUGUCGGAUAGAAUACCCAGAUCCCGAUGACAUACUCAACUUUAAACUUGUAAUCACGCCAGAUGAGGGUUUCUACAAAAAUGGAAGAUUCUGUUUCAGCUUUAAGAUUGGGCCAGGCUACCCUCAUGAUGCACCCAAGGUGAAAUGUGAAACAAUGGUUUACCACCCAAACAUCGACCUUGAAGGAAAUGUCUGUUUAAAUAUACUAAGGGAAGACUGGAAACCUGUCCUGACAAUCAAUUCAAUCAUUUAUGGACUGCAAUUUCUUCUGUUGGAACCCAACCCAGACGAUCCUCUUAACAAAGAAGCCGCAGAUGUCCUCCAGAACAACAGAAGGUUGUUUGAGCAGAAUGUGAGGUCAUCGAUGCGGGGAGGUUAUGUCGGUAGCCAAUACUUUGAAAGAUGCCUUCAAGUAUGAUGGUAUCAAUCUAUCUGUCUACUUCCAUGUCUGUGUGUGUAUGUCUCUCUCCCAUUGAAUCAUUUAAUUCAGAUGCCACACCCACUUCUGCAUCAUGUGGUUGAUUCGCUGACAUUAUUUGCUAAUUUCUUCCACCAUAAACGCAUUUCAAGGAACACCCGAAAGCACUCCAAAGACAACAUCUCAGCUUUUUCUUUUGAGGUUUAUCUAAAGGGCAAGUUUCUUGGGGACCAGUUUGUGGCUGAUGGCGAAGUGUAGUUGUGGCUGUUAUUUGGGUGUGGCUGUGCAGUAGGCGGAGUUACUUUAUGGGUGUGGCCUCUGAAUCAUUUGUUAGCUCUGUGUUUAUGCUGCCCCAUCCUUAACCAAAAAGUCACCUAUUUAAAUGAUUGUUUUUCUGUUCCAUUGAUUGUAAUUAUGUAAAUGUUACACACGUGUGUUGAGGUUUUUUUUAACGUAACUGAGAUAACGUUGAGAAUUGUGGGCUGCAUGUAGAUACUUCAUAUGCCUGACAGGACUGGCUUGUAACGGAAUGUGUACAAAAUGUUUGGACAGAUAUCUAUUACCUCCAUCAAGCCUUCUUGCUUUAUGGCAUCUCAAUGGGCCUGAUUUCUUGAGAAUACUUAAUCUUGCUGUCUUCAUGCUUUUACUGCAGCUAUUUGGUUCUCUGCACAUGCGGACAAUGCUAAGUUGCCCAACAGCAAGGAGCGUUAUGGAGUUAGGUAUAACAUAAUUUUGGAAAGUCACAGCACAGUGAACUUUUACAUUGACAACUUGUCACAUGGAAUUGAUGUCUGGGUAAAUAUGUCGUACUCAAAACCUGGGCAUUGGUUUACACAAAACAUUUGGAAGAUUUGAAGUCUGCAGCAUACACCUGUGCUUAGCAUACUUGCUGGUGAUAAAAGAUAUCUGUUAGACUUGUCACUAGUCUAUUAUCAUCAUGAGUGUGCAGAAGGUUAUGAGUAAUGAUCCUGUUUGUAGAGAAAUAAAGGGAGCAGAGAUUUGCCACAAGUAUCGCUCUACAGGACCAGCCACCAGUUUAGGCCUUCCCUUUCUAAUAUCUCAGCCACUAUUUUGCCUACCAUAUAUUGCCAAGAUAUAUGGGUAACUGACAAAACAAAUCGUAGCAGAGUGUAUUGUGAUGUAUCAUUCAUACACCUGCUACCAAAAUUACAGAUAUAAAUGAACCUUUGUCGGGGCCAUUCUCGCUCCAAGACUGAACAUGUAAAAGUAUUGCCAGUGGUAGAAGUCUGGUCGUCCAUAUAAAUAGGACAUGGUUUAUAAACGAAAGCAACAUAUGGACCCUGAGCAGCAGAAUCUACUGGGCCAGAAAUAUAAAUCUGUCAGUAGCUGUUAACAUUAUUGACCGUUGAUAUUUCAAAAACAGAUCUACCAGUUAAAAUCACUUAAAAAUUAACUUACAUUUUAUUUGUUGGCAGUUAGGGUUGGGGAAGUUUGUUGAUUUCUUUUCAAGAACAUUUAUAAAUGUAAAACCAUACGCUGAUUUUCGUAGAGUGAUAUAAGAAAUAUCUCUGUACUGUUUUCCACACACUGUCCAUUAUUGAAUUAUUUGUGACAGUUGUUGACUUUUGUGACCCAUGGACUAGUCAGUGCUGUCAUUUAUUGAUAAAUGCUUGUUUAACAUGAAUAUUUUUUCAUGAAUAUUCAUAGUUGUGGAGAUACCGAGGACUGAAUUUUUUCAACUCAUAUUCUUUACUGCAUCUACCUAUAAACUUUUUAUACAGCGGGUUUAUCUAACGUGAGCAGCCAAGAUGUGUUGGUGGCAUCAAGUGUUUAUCAAUUUGACAGAAAUUCUGACAAUGGCCAAAAAAGUAAAUAAACUUUGCAGAUCCUAAAUUUCCAGUAAUGUUAAUGUUCUACUAGUUCAUCCCAUAAUGCAUUGUGUUCCUCCAUUUUUAUUUAUAUUGUCCCGACCAGCCAACUAGACUAACAGCGAAUAAAACUGCUUUGGUAUUGAAUUAGUCUUCAUGUUUAUACUGUAAUUGUUUUGUUUAACCCUCCUUUUUUGUUGUAACUGUCAAAAACAGUCAAAAUUCCUUCCACUUGAUUUCCCCCAUUACACAGACACGUACAUGGGAAAUUUGACUGGUUUGGACUGAUAAAACAACUGGUUCAACAAUGUGUCUUUGCAUAGGAGGGUUAUUGAAUAAAUGAAAAAGCCAGGUUUGUUAAUUUGAAAUAAAAUUCUAGCGUCAGCAGUAGGUAAGCUGAAUGGUGA